AUGUUCGAGUUCCCUGGCGUUAAAAGGAAGGAGGCAACCUCCGGCCGUAACAGAGCACAACAUCGAGGAUCAUUGAUUUGCUCUUGGCGCGUGGUAUUCAUAGCUUUCCAUCUCUCCAACAAGUCUGGCAUGUUCCUGCGCGUCAUUCCGCGUCUGUGUCGCGUCAUUAGCACAGAAGCACACCUACCAGCGUCUACAACAUCGCUCGUGAUUUCAACACGCCGGGAAUCCCACUCGGGACCAACGAUCGGGGACCCGUUCGACGCUGGCUCGUCGUCUGCCUCCAUGUCCCAUCCUCGGGAUCUGUCAGGCCCGAGUUCGAGCUCGAUCGCAAGUUCUUCCUCCUCCAGCUCUCCUUCUUCCUCAUCAAUGCCGCCUCCACCGCUUCCAACGGGAGGCGAGUCGUCGAAUAUACCCACCGUUGCUUCCGAAGUUCCGACCUCAUACAAGGCGGAGCCCUCGUUCAGGACCCCGACGUAUUCGAGCCCUCCUUUUCAUACCCACGCUUUCUUCGCUGCAUUAGAGAAGACAUUUCCAGAGGAAACCGCGCGGAGUCUGAUGCGUGCAACGAGAGCACUGCUUGUGGAUCGCAUCGGCCGAGUGCGGAGAGAGGGUCUAACAGUCAAAGAUCUGGAUAAUCAAGCGUAUCUCUUCCGUGCUGCGCUAUCGGAAUUGCGAGCGGAGAUGACGAUGAACACGAAGAAUGACUCGGCUGCCAUUCGUGCUGCCACUGCGGCACUCCGUCGAGAGGUCGAUCGGGUAGACGUGAAGAUGAAGGAAGAUAUUGGGAACCUCAAGCAUGAGAUCCAGAUGGAGCUGGACAGUAGGAAGAAUGAGGCCAAGGCGGAUCGGAGGCAGCAGGAUGUUAGCAUAGAGGAACUUAUGAAUAAGGCUGUCGUAAAUGUCAGUGAUCUACGGACAGACGUCGAAGAAAUAAAGUGGGAUACCAUGCGGAAGGUUGUUUUGACGCUCUCGACGCUUGUGGUGAUUAUUAUUGUCAUGAUGGAGGUACAGCCUAAGUCCAAGCCUCCAAAGAAUCUUCCUCCGCCGUCGCGACCUGAAGUGACAAUACCUACGGAGGGUUUGGAAAGGACCGAAUGGGUUACAUAA